GCUUACCUCGCGUCAGACCCGCGUACGACGCGCAACGCAACAACAACAUUCGUCGCGCGCGCUGCAGUGCUUUUGCGCUAUUAUAGCGUAGGCGUACUAUUAUUAUUAUUAUUAUUAUUAUACACGUAGUAUUAUUGCUGUUUGUACGCGCGACGCGGUUUUUCGUUCGCACCGACUGACAAACGGAUCGAGACGGUACGACGUACGACCGAAGACGCACCGCCGCCGGAAUUGACCUAGUUAUUUUUUCGCGUUGUUUCGGGUUUUUCGGCGUUUUUUUCGCCCGUUUUCGUCUCGAUUCCCCGCACGCUCCUCCGCCACCGCGCCUCUCGCCGCCGUCGUCGUCGUCCGCCCGAUAACCGAUAAAUUGCUCAACGACCGCCGCCGUCGUACCCUAUCCUGCUGCACAUAUAUUAUACGACACAGCCGACGGGGCGCGUGCCUUUGCAGUGGCGUUGUCGCAUACGCGCAUACAGGACCGUAGCCGCUCACCUGCACGUAAACCGCGGUGCACGCACACCACUUGGAACGGGGCGCGUGCCGCGCUAGACUUACCGAUCACCGGGACACGCGUUAGCUCGUUAGAUGUAACUUUCCAGAUGACGAUUUGACAUUGCAAUUGAAACCAUACUGCCUUGCCGCUAUGGACAUAACAUGGCCGAAGACUAUUGGCAUGCCGGUAGCAGAUUUAUGGUGUCCUUGUCGUCGUUGUUGUUUUUGCUGUUAUCGGUAUGCGCCAGUGCUCAGAGAACGCUGUCUUCGUCCGGAUGUGAUAAGACGUUUGUGAGCAACGACGGUCCGCAGAAUGGCACGUUCCAAGCUCCGGAGUUCAUCAACGUCUACGGCGAGUCCAAAGUGUGCGUUUACACGUUCGUGGCUGCUUCGCACCAGAAGGUCUUCGUAUCGUUUACCGCAUUCAAGCUCCGAAGCACACCUCCAGAAUGCGUGCACGAGUACGUGGACGUAUAUUCGGAGGUUCAACAAGUCGAUACGGAGGAUUUGAUAAAUUCACCGUUUGGAGGUAGAUACUGCGGUCUUAUACCACCGAGGGACCGGACGUCGUUGUACAGAACUGUAGCAUUUAGCUUCUACACGGACAAGAACACGACCGAUUCAUCCUUAUUCGAAGGCUAUUAUAUGUUCAGCAACGACUCCGCAUUCCAACUGGGAACGCCGUCACCGAUCAGUCCGUGUUCGUUCGUCGUGAACUCAAAUGUGAAAAAAAUAGGCACUAUUCUCACGCCGACGUACCCGGGUAUAUAUCCCAAAGGAAUGAAAUGUACAUACUUAUUUCAAGGACAACCAAAUCAGAGGGUGCGGUUAGAAUUCCGAGACUUUGACCUAUUUUACGGAGGUCCACACUGUCCUUUUGACAUCGUAAGCAUUUAUGACGGAUCAAAUGCUACCAGUCCUUUGAUCGGCCAGUAUUGCGGUCAACAACGAAAUUUAGUGGUGUACUCAACUAAAAAUUAUUUAUACGUAACUUUCGACACACUUCAUAGGGCAGCGAAUACGCAAAACCGUGGUUUCAAAGGCAUGUUUGAAUUUAGCGAAAGUUUCGUCAAGCUCGAUUUUAUCGGGAUAAACGACGGAGAACACGUUCGAGGCACCGAAUGCGAUCAAAAAGUAUUAAGUAAACGAACCUCGUCGGGAUUUAUAUACAGUCCUAACUACCCGUUUCCGUAUAUUCCGAAAAUCGUAUGUCGGUAUUUUGUUUAUGGUCUCGAAGGUGCACAGGAUUUAGAAAGGGUUAAGUUGGAGUUCCAAAAAUUCAACAUACCCAAAGCACAUGUUAAUGAACAGGAAUGCACGGACGGUUACCUAAAGCUAUACUUAAGAGGUCAAGAAGCCAUGGACCUGUAUGACAAGUUUGACUACGAAAUGUGUGGUGACGAGGCCGAUGAAAAGGUAGUGACGAGUGAAGGCGCUAGACUAGCAAUGGUUUUCAGCAGUGGCGAAUUACAUGGUCGAGGAUUUAAAGCCAAAUAUACGUUUGAAACUGAAUAUCUUAUACCUGGAACGGCUGCACCGAACGGUACGUGUCAUUUUACAUACCGUAGUGAGUCUAAGAAACGAGGAGAUUUUAACUCGCCCAGACAUCCGGCCAACUAUCCCAACGGUCUAAACUGUACGUUUCUAUUCUUGGCUACGCCCAACGAACAGGUCACCGUGAUAUUCGAUCAGUUCAAAAUCAAAGUUGAAGUAACCAAUAUUUCAUUAGUUCAAUUUGGGGUGUUUGUUUGCAAGGAAGACUGGCUAGAAAUAUAUAAUAUUUACAAAGAUGGCACUGAGAAAAUCGUCGGGAGAUAUUGCGGUAUGACAGCCCCCGGACCGUUGGAAUCUAACCGGGGCGCGAUUGGUCUAAAGGUGCUACUGCACACAAACUCAGAAGGUGUCUCUAGUGGCUUUAAGGCCAGAUAUUUUUUCGACGAAGCCAAGCCGAUAUUUGGUGACUGCGGUAGUAAUAUCAGUAAUGCAGAUUCUGGAAAGGUGCAGAGUCCGAAUUUCCCGCUCAAAUAUACUGCACCGGAAAAAGGAAUGCCCAGCAGAACGUGCAAUUGGUUUAUAAACGUCAGGCCCAAUUAUAAAAUACUGCUCAACUUUGUCUCGUUCUCGGUGGAAGGAGAACCGGCAACUAGAGGGUGUGCGACGGCCGUUGUUAGACUUUGGCCAUCCGUAGAUGAACCACCAUUAGAGUUGUGCGGUGAAAAGCCCAGUGAAUCGUGGCAAUUUCUAUCCGAAUCCAAUCAGUUCAGGAUAAGUUUUGUUGUGGCCGACAAAUCGGGUAACGGCACUGGUUUUGCUGCGACUUGGACUGAAGUAUUAGUCAAUUCUGACUCAUGCCCGGGGUUUCAAUGCGAAAACUCGAGUUACUGCAUAUCCAAUCAGUUGAGGUGCAACAACGUGAUGAAUUGCGGGUCCAACGACGUGUCGGACGAAAUCAACUGUGCGAUGGAACCGGAAGCCAUGGACAACGUGGUGCUGUCGGCGGUGCUGACCAUGUGCACGGUGCUGGCGCUGAUGCUGGCCGGGUGCCUGUGCUGCCGGCGGCGGUCGGGUUCCGGGCGCCGCGAUCGGUUCCGGCGGGGCGUCGGAGGCGGCGUGGGAGUCGCGGGCGGCGGAUACAACCGGCACCGGCGGCACCACCAACACCACCAUCAACACCACCACGAGCCCCGGCCGCCGUCGCUCCGGUCGCUCAGCCCAACGCCGUCGUCCGGCCAACACGUGUGCGACGAGCUGGGCGAGCGGUUCGCCAGCGUGGACAGCGUGUGACGUCCGCUGGAGCAUCGUCCACGUCGUCGCCGCCGCCACCGUCGCCGCCGCGGCUUUUAUCAACAACAACAACCACAACAACAACAACAACAACACCGCCGCCGCCGUCGCCGAGACCUCGAUGACCGAGCAGCAGCAGCAGCAGCAGCAGCAUCAGUAGUACUUUAGUAGAGCCCGUUUCGUCCCGGCCACGCAGCUCCCCGUCGCCGCCGACUUCUGCGCAGCGGUUGCGGUGGUCGAUCGCGCGCGCCCACCGCGACCGCCCCUCAUCGCUCAACAGUCACCGCCGCAGUAUUAUAUAGGUACCCCCUGUACUAUAAUAUAUUAUAAUAUGAUAUUAUUAUGAUUAAUUACAAUAAUGAUAUUAUUAUUAUUAUUACGGUUUUCGCGCGGUGCGCUAAAAUAAUAAUAUUAGUCGUGUCAAUAUAAUAAUAAUAAUAAUAAUCCUAUGCUCGUCGAACGGUGUUUAGAAAAUGAAAACAAUAAUAAUAAUUAAAUAAUAAUUUAAAUAAUUUUGUAUAAUAUAAUAUUAUAUGUAUUGUACGGAUUUUUUGUCGUUUCGUUUAUCGUGUUCGUGAUCACUAUCAUUACGUACCUAUAUAAUAUUAUUAUAAUAUAUUAUUAUGCGCUCGCCGCGUAUUGAAAUCGAUUUCCCCCGGAAACGGCGGAUUUCGCAUAUAUAUAUAUAUAUAUUGUUUCGUUCGUUCGUUCGUUUUUGUUUUGUAAUUUUAUUUUUCGUUUUGACUUAAACACAAAUCACCGAUAAUCACAGAUGACAGGUCUGAAGACUUUCACACCCCCCGCGAGAGACGACCGUUAUGGUAACAACUAUACUAUAUAUACACUUCACCCUCUGCUCUACGACUAGCAAAGUAAUUUUCGUUAAAAUUUUCCACAGUCUUCCUAACCACUUAUCACUUCUCAUCGCACCCACUCGAAAUAUUAUCGUAUAAUAAUUAUAUGUAUUGUUAUGUAUUGUGAGAAUUAUUACGUUGCUGUUGUCGAAGUCUUUCGAUAUCAUCUUUUGAUUUGUUUUUUCCUUAUAUAAUUCGAUCAAUCAUCGUUUGCAGCGCUCGACCGAUCGCUGUAAAUCUCUAGCAAAGUCCCAAAUAUCGGGAGGACGGGGAUAGAGUAGGAGCUAGGAUUCUUAAAUAUAAAAAAAAAGAAAAAUUUAGACGUUUGAAACAACUUUUUAGGUGUUCGAUAAUAUUAGAAAAACCACAUAAGAGUCCGAAGUUAGACCUAAACUUUAUCCCCUUCUCCUUCAAAAUCUCUUAUUUAAUUUGAAUAUCAAUAUUCAGUAUAUUUUUAUUUACAAUAAAAUAACAUUAAUAAUAGAUUGAAUCAGCGAUUUGUUAUAUAUUAUAUACAAUAUACAUAUAUGCUUGUACGUAAUAUCAAAAUGAAUUGAGUGUGUGUGUGCGUGCGUGAGUAUGGGUGUGUGUGUGUGUGAAACUUGCGAAGUUUUUGCUUCUUUUCUUGCUAUAUAUAACAUAUAAUACAUUGAUGAUGAUGAUGAUGAUAUGUGUAUAUAUAUAUAUUAUAUAGUAUAGUCGACACUAACCCCGCGCCGUACCGUAUACUUACGAGAGUGUGUGUUCUACUGAAUAUCGAUCAGCGUGUCGUUUUAGGGAGCGUUCUAUUAUAUAGCUCCAUCUAGUGCACUCGGCGAUCGUCGAGGACAGCUGAGCUCAUCGUGAAAUACAAAAAAAAAAAAAAAUCGUUCACGUCCCGUAUUCGGCCGUCGGCGAUGUCUGUUGGUUUUCUUUCUAUAUAUAAAUACAAUAAUAUACUAAUACAUAUAUAUGAUUAAUACCAUUAUAUAACAAUAACGUCGUCGACGCGCGCACGGCUAGUUUUCAGUGUGUGCUAUACUAUACAUUGGGGAGUGAGGGUCAAAAAUGGAAUCAAUUGCUCAAUCAUAUUAAGCCAAACAUAGUAAUAAUAAUAUAAUAGAAGCAUUCCCGAUUUUUGCGUUCUCUGCGACUUUUGGGGGGAGGCAAAACGGGAACGAUUGCGUUUUUCAAAAUGUUCGUUGCUGAAAGACUAGUCGUGGCGAUUUUUAUUAUUAUUUAUUUUUUUUUUUUUACCUCACAGUUCGAUAUAAGUUUAACAUAUAAUAUUAUAAAAUACCUAUAUUUAUUAUUAUAAUAUGUACUUAAUAAUAAUAUUAUAUUAACGAUUUUUCGAAAUUUCAAAAGGCUGGAGUUUAGACAAAUACAUAUUUUGUUAUCUAUUUAUAAUUUUAGGUUUUGUUUUUAGAUAAAACAUCAUAUAACCGCUUUGGACCUCUUGUUAUUAUAUUAUAAUAUACAAUAACAGCGCUUAUUUAUACCUAUUAUAUAAAUAUAUAAUAUUACAAAUCCCGAACGGUCUCGAUAAUAUAUUACGACAUCUGUUUCAUAGUCAUAUAUUAUUAUGUAUAGUAUAGUUUUUUUUUUGUACAUUUUUGUUACUAUCCAAUUGAGAUUUCAUUGACAGUGUGACAUGAUUAUAAUUAUGUUGUGUGUGUAGGUAAUCUAUUCGUAAGACACUACACGGCAUAUUCGUUUCGUUUUCUAACAUAUUUAGAAAACGUUACAAAAUAUUAGUAAAUUGUUUUUGUUAUGGUUUUCUGCACAAUAUUGUUGUAUAUUAAUCUAAAUAAAACGCACUUGUAAAAUCUCUAACUAUUCUUUCGCCAAAUCAAGCUCAAGGGGUGGAAAAUUCAAAUAACUGUGGGUCGCGCGUGUAUUGAAUUGAACUGCUCAACUCGAUGACCUCCAUCCACUAAACAGUUUUACGCCUCAAAAGUUAACAAAUAUAGACGAAAGUCUUUCACUUCCGGCCAUUACAUACACACACAUAUUAUAAUACACCCUUAUAGGAAAUAGGUAUAUUUUAUGUAGGUUAGGUACAUUAGGAUAAAUUAUUAUCGAAAUGCCGAAGUGAAAACAGUAUUAUUGUAAUGAAUUUCUUCCAAUUUUAAUAAAAAUGUUACGAUAUUUAACAUAAAUAAUAAUAAUAAUAAAUUUAUACAUACUAUAUAAUAUUUGUAUCGGCAAUCUACAACCGACAAUGUGUAUAUAUUAUAUAACAUAAUAAAUAUAAUUAUACGUUAGCGUAAGUGUAUCGAACUUUUGUUAUGAAUUUUCGUUAAGUUUUUAACUAUCAUAUUAAUUAUACUCAUACGUUGAACGUUUUGCUUGUAACAUUGUUAGUAAAAAAAAUUGUGUUUUUUUAUGGCAAAUAUUUUUUUUCUAUUGUUACACAAUAUUUGAGUAUACCUCGUUAAUGUUUACAUAAUAAAAUAAUACUACGCGUAGUCCCAUAGAGGUCUAGUGUAAUAACAUUGUUUAAGCUCUAAAACGUGCUGUGUAACAUUAUUUUGGUGCAUAUUAUUACUUAUGAAAAAGUAAUAAUAUUAAUUUAGUCUAUUUAUAUUUAUAUCUAGUCGAUUGUGACGUAUAAACAACUAAAUAGUCUCUAGUCGUUAUUACAAAUAUAUAUUAUUAUUAAUAUAAUUAAUAUAUAAUAUUGUACUAAUAUACUUUUUUGUAGUAAUAUAUGUUUCCGUUUACGAAAUAAUAUUAACAUGUACGCGGUUAGGUUGUUAAACCAAUCAAGUUAAAACAAUCCAAUUAAUAUUUAUUAUAAAAAACAAAAACAAAUCUUUUCAAUCAAUCAAUUAAAAAAAAAAUCGUUGAAAAACAUAAUAUUAUUAUACAGGACCAAAAUUCAUUAAUUUUGUUUAGCUUUCUCUUCUUGCCACUCGAUGCUUACGCCUUAUUCAGACCAAAAUAUAUUAUUAUAUUAUUUGUUUCAUCUAUAUAAUAUUAUAUACGUUUCGUUCAUCUGAAAAACGAACGUGUUUCAGUCCAGUAAGCUAAUAUUUAGCACACGGUAAAUUUUUAUUUAUUUACCAACAAAACACUGCUCAAUGUUUUUGUUUAAUUUAUUAUUUGUUUUUGUUGUUGUGAAUUGGACGGGCUGCAACGAAAUAAUCACAUAAUAAUUAUGAAUAAAAACAAUAAAAUUGCGUCUGUGCGUGUUGUACGGAUUGCACGGGUGUACAGGUACAAUCAUAUUAUGCCUGUAGAUACCGAUUUGUAACAGUUUAACGCGCAACUUUUUCAGCCGUCCGUCCAAUUUUUAAUCGUAUAUGUCAUAGUUUAGUGAAAACAAAUUUAAACAUAUGUUUAAGUGAAAUCGGUACAUUAUUAGUCAUAAUAUAUAUAUAUUAUAUAUAUUAUAUAAAAUAAUAUCAUAAAACUUUUAAAAUUAAUAAAAUAAAUCAAACAUAAUUUAACUAUUAAAUAUACCUUAUAUAAAUAAUAUAAUUUAUGUAACUUAGGCGUACGUAUGUAUAUGUAAACAAAUAUUAUGUUAUAAGGACAAAAAUCAACAUUUGUAUUGUACUAAUACAGUAAGUAAAACUAAAUGUCCUAAUGUAAAAUCAUUGUUGACAAAUUUUCCUUUUUAGAUUGGUGAAAAUCAUAAAAAUAUUAAAUUACCCAAUUACAUUAUUUUUACGUUUAUUUAUGGCCAAAGCGUGUUUUUAGUUUUGUUUUUUACAGUCAAUGUUAGGUACAUAAUAUUAUUAUUAUGUUGGUUAAUUAAUUAAUAUUUAUAUUAUUAUGUAUUAUCAUUAUGAAAAUAUACUUAAUAGGAAUUAUAAAAA